GACACAGUGCCAAACAGACUGUUAAGAAGUGUUUAUUAGAGGUGUUUAAAAAGAAAUAACUUUCCAAACAAAAAUGAAUGUGUUUGCGGUGACUUCGGUGAUGCUGUUGGUGAUCGCUACGAGCAGUGCAUACGUCACAGGCAACGGAUACAAGAUCCUUACCAAACAUUCGUCGCAAUACUUUGGUAAUGGGGCGAACUCGAUCGAUUCCUAUCAACCGCUGGGUGUUGGUGCGGGCUACAGUGAAGCCGGUCUAGUCGGGUACAAAUCUUACCAGGAUGGAGGUUAUCCAGAGAGCGGAUAUGACUACAGUGAUCACUACGCGUACCCGAAGUACAAGUACGACUACGGUGUGCAGGAUGCUCACACCGGAGAUCACAAGAGCCAGUGGGAAAUUCGGGACGGUGAUGUCGUCAAGGGGGGCUACACGCUGUACGAUGCCGAUGGUACGAAGCGUGUGGUGGAGUAUACCGCCGAUAAGCAUAACGGAUUCAAUGCCGUAGUUAAAAAGAUUGGCCAUGCAAGCCACCCGCAGGUGUACAAGACGGAGCACGGCAUUUCCGGCGGUGGCUAUGACGAAGCGGAUGGUUACAGCUACAGCAACAUUAACCAACAUCUGUAACCGGUGACGGCCGGUGUCGUUGUCGGUUGUGCGCCUUUAUUUAUUCACACUGUCUGCUUUUUCUCUGCAUGUUGCUUUCGCAUGGACCAUCGUUCGUACGAUGGUGCUCGAAUUGCAUACUCUGUAAAAACACACUAACGCCUGAAUGUAUGCAGUUCUGAACACAUAUAAUUCGAGUACGCAAAUAUAACAGUUUUCU